UGCGAUGGGGGGGCGGCUCCGGAUUCUGAUGCCCCCUCCCUCGGUCCUCCUUCUCUCCUUCGCCCCCCUCUCGACAGCUCUCCGUUACAUUAGUCUCUGCCUGUCCCGGUCGGUCACUGUGCAACGCGGCAGAGGAUCCAGCUUCGUAUUCCCGAAAUUUCCGGUUCUGGCCGACUCGUCUUGCCCGCACCCCAUCCGGAGCUCCCGGGAUGGACGGCGCGAAGAAGGAGAAGCCAGGAGCGGCCACAGCCGAGGCGGGAGGGAAAGGGAGUGCAGAUGAGAUGGCGGGGAGCGGGCUGCCGCCGGAGAAGCCCGGUGACAACCGCGGAAUGGCCGAUCCCGGAGGACGGGGUUCCGUCGCCGUGGCUGCGAAGGCCAGGCGGUCGGCGGGGGACCCGGCCGUGGCCAGCCGGGUUCAGGAGGACGUUCGGGCCACCGCCCGCGGGACGGACGGAGACCCUCCCGGGUCUCCCGACGGCGGGCCGGGGCCCGCCUCCCGGCCCACGCUCUGGCAGUGCCCGGACGGCAGCUUCGUCAAACGGAUCGUGACCCCGGGCCGGGGCCUAGACAAACCCAAGGGCGGCUCCCGGUGCCGCGUGGCGGUGGCAGCGAUGCCCGGGUGGCCCGGGACGGCCGGCGAGUCGGUGGACCUCACUCUGGGGGCGGGCCGGUGGAGGGGGGAGCCCUGGGGUGAGCUGAUGGAGAAAUGCCUGGAGAGCAUGCGGCGGGGGGAGGAGGCGGAGCUGCUGCUCCCCGGGGACCCCCGGCCCCCGCCCCGCCUCACCUUGACGGCUUUCACCCCGGGCCGGGACUCGUGGGAGCUGCACCCUGGGGAGAAGGAGGCUCUGGCCCAGGAGGAGAGGGCCCUGGGCACGGAGCUCUUCCGGGCCGGGGACGUCCGGGGGGCGGCCCGCUGCUACGGCCGGGCCUUGCGGUUGCUGCUGACCCUCGCCCCGCCGGGCCCCCCCGAACGCGCGGCCCUCCAUGCCAACCUGGCGGCCUGCCAGCUGCACCUGGGGCAGCCCCGGCUGGCGCAGCGGAGCUGCGAGAGGGCCCUGGAGCGGGAGCCGGGCCACCUCAAGGCCCUGUACCGGCGGGGGGUGGCCCGGGCGGCCCUGGGGGAGCUGGGGGAGGCGGCCGCCGACCUGCGGAGGGUCCUGGAGGCCGAGCCGGCCAACCGGGCGGCCCGGGAGGCGCUGGCGAACGUGGUGGCAAAGGGGCGGGAGCGGGACGCCGAGCUGGCCCGGGGGCUCCGCAAAAUGUUCACCUGAUUAAAGGCCCCUCGUCCGU